UCAUCACUCCGUGUCGUCGGCUGAUUCUGUGUGCGGACAACAGGAAAGAGAUGGAGGACUGGAUGGCAGCCCUGAAGAGUGUUCAGAACAGAGAACACUUUGAGUCCACCCAGUAUAGCAUGGAUCACUUCUCUGGGAUGCAUAACUGGUACGCCUGCUCCCAUGCCCGCCCCACUUACUGCAACGUGUGCCGCGAGGCUCUCUCCGGAGUCACCUCGCACGGGCUGUCCUGUGCAGUGUGUAAGUUCAAGGCCCAUAAACGCUGUGCUGUCCGAGCCACCAACAACUGCAAGUGGACUACUCUGGCAUCCAUUGGGAAGGACAUCAUCGAAGAUGAGGAUGGGAUCUCUAUGCCUCACCAGUGGCUGGAGGGCAACCUGCCAGUCAGUGCUAAGUGUACAGUGUGUGACAAGACGUGUGGCAGUGUGCUCCGACUGCAGGAUUGGCGCUGCCUCUGGUGCAAGGCCAUGGUGCACAUGGUGUGUAAGGAGCAGCUGUCCACUAAGUGUCCCUUGGGGCAGUGUAAGGUGUCGGUCAUCCCCCCCACAGCCCUCAACAGCAUCGACUCCGACGGGUUCUGGAAGGCCACCUGCCCGCCCUCCUGCACCAGCCCUCUCCUGGUGUUCGUCAACAGUAAGAGCGGCGACAACCAGGGCAUCAAGUUCCUGCGCCGCUUUAAACAGCUGCUCAAUCCCGCCCAAGUCUUUGACCUCAUGAACGGGGGGCCGCAUCUCGGUUUGCGUCUCUUCCAGAAGUUUGACACGUUCAGGAUCCUAGUGUGUGGGGGUGAUGGCAGCGUGGGCUGGGUCCUCUCUGAGAUCGACACUCUGACGCUCCACAAACAAUGCCAGCUGGGUGUUCUGCCCCUGGGGACAGGAAAUGACCUUGCCCGCGUCCUGGGCUGGGGCUCGGCCUGCGACGAUGACGCACAGCUGCCUCAAAUACUGGAGAAGCUUGAGAGGGCCAGCACCAAGAUGCUUGACAGGUGGAGUAUUAUGGUGUACGAGACCAAGUUCCCGCGACAAUAUUCCAGCUCCGCGAUGACAGAGGAUUGCAGCGGAUUGCAAGAGGUGCAACAGAUUCUGACCUACGAGGAUUCUGUGGCUGCCCAUCUGUCCAUGAUCCUGACUUCAGAUCAGCACUCAGUGGUCAUCUCCUCGGCUAAGGUACUGUGUGAGACAGUGAAAGACUUUGCUACGAUGCCUGCCCCUCCUCCUACCAUCGCUGAGGAGCAGGAGGAGGGCGAGGGGGUUCUGGUGCCAUCGCCCGCCGCCCCCCCGUGCUCCCCCAGGCCCCUGACGGCCAUCUUUAAACCCAGGGAACAGCUGAUGCUGAGAGCCAACAGCCUGAAGAAAGCCAUCAGGCAGAUCAUCGAGCACACUGAGAAAGCGGUGGACGAGCAGAAUGCCCAGACUCAGGAGGUGUUUGCUCUGGGGGCAGAGGAGGAGGAGGAGGAAGAGCAAGUCAAGCUGUUUUUGCAGUCGUCCUACAGUGGGAACGCCUGUAACAGCACCAGGAGCCAUCCAGUCCGCAGAGUGUCCAAGACUCCUUGUGAAAAGCUCAUCAACAAAGGAAGCCUGUCACUGGGCAGCUCUGCGUCACUUCCUGCCCAGACAGGAAGUCGAGAGAGCAUGCCAAUGCUCAACACCAAGAUCCUCUACCCAAGUCUCAGGGCUGGUAUCUCUGGCUCCCUCUCCAGCAGUUCGGUCAUCAGCAAACUGCUGGUCAACGCUGACUCCUUCAGCUGUGACCCAGAGACCUUUGACUGCUACACUGAGAAAUGUGUGAUGAACAACUACUUUGGGAUCGGCCUGGAUGCUAAGAUCUCACUGGACUUCAACAAUAAGCGGGACGAGCAUCCCGAGAAGUGCAGGAGUCGCACCAAGAACAUGAUGUGGUACGGGGUUCUGGGUACCAAAGAGCUGCUGCAUCGCACCUACAAGAACCUAGAGCAGAAGGUACUGCUGGAGUGUGACGGGAGGCCUAUCCCCCUCCCCAGCCUGCAGGGCAUAGCUGUCCUGAACAUCCCCAGCUAUGCAGGCGGCACCAACUUCUGGGGCGGGACUAAAGAGGAUGAUACGUUCACUGCGCCGUCCUUUGACGAUAAGAUCCUGGAGGUGGUGGCGGUGUUUGGCAGCAUUCAAAUGGCUGUGUCCAGAGUCAUCAACCUGCAGCACCACCGUAUCGCACAGUGUCGUACAGUGAAGAUCACCAUCCUCGGGGAUGAGGGCGUGCCGGUGCAGGUGGACGGAGAGGCCUGGGUCCAGCCCCCGGGGUACAUCAAGAUUAUCCACAAGAACCGCACUCAGACUCUCACCAGAGACAGAGCCUUUGAGAGCACGCUGAAGUCAUGGGAAGACAAGCAGAGGUGCGAGUUCCCCCGUCCGCUGCCCCAGUAUGCAUUGCAGCCAGAGAUCGUAUCCGAGGAAGAAGCCUCCCAGAUCAACCUGUUUGGCCAGGCGGCCGGCGCUCUCAUCCACAGUAUCCGAGAGAUCGCCCAGUCCCACCACAGUAUGGAGCAGGAGCUGGCCCAUGCCGUCAACGCAAGCUCAAAGGCCAUGGACGUGGUCUACGCCAAUUCCAAGAGCACAGAGGGUCUGAACUGCAGGGUUGUGGUUCAGAUGGUCAGCAACGUCAAGGCCCUUCACAGUGAGACAGAGCUGCUACUGGCAGGCAAGAUGUGCCUGCAGUUGGACCCUCCACAGAAGGAGCAGUUGACUGAAGCCCUGGGCACUGUGGCUCAGCAGCUACGCAGACUGUCAGACAUACCCUGGCUGUGUCAGCUCAUUGAACCUGGGGAUGAUGAGGGACACCUGGCUGAUUUCUCCAAGCGUAGCCGCAGUGCCAAGUUUUGUCUCGUCCCCAAGUUCAAGAAGGACAAAAACAACAAGAACAAAGAGGCCUGUGCCACUCUCACACUGCCAGUGCACCAGUGGGGCACAGAGGAGGUAGCCGCCUGGCUGGAGCUCAUCUGUCUCACCGAGUACAAGGAGAUCUUUAUUGGGCACGACGUGCGUGGCGCCGAGCUGCUGCACCUGGAGAGGAGGGACCUCAAGGACUUGGGGGUGACGAAGGUUGGCCACAUGAAGCGUAUCCUCCAGGGUAUCAGAGUGUUGAGUCGCAGCAGCAGCACUGCCAGCGAAGCCUAGGCUCUCUCCUGUACGUCUGUGUGUGCUGCACCAGACCCUCUACCCAAACUGACUGUACCCAGCCGCGCUGAACAGCUUGAACGCAAUGGGACCAACAACUCACUUACCUUAACCUCUAUACACUCAAAUAUGGAUUUGAGUUUAGUCAACCAAUCAGAUUUAACACAGUGCCUUUCUUCACUCUCCACCUCGGCAGCAACCAACUGAACUGCAAACGGGGGAGGCCAAACCACUAUUUUAUUUUAUAUUUUUUUAUUUAACCUUUAUUUAACUAGGCAAGUCAGUUAAGAACAAAUUCUUAUUUUCAAUGAUGGCCUAGGAACAGGUUAACUGCCUUGUUCAGGGGCAGAACAACAGAUGUUUACCUUGUCAGCUUGUGGAAUCGAUCUAUCAACCUUUUGGUUACUGGACAAAUGUUCUAACCAGGCUACCUGCCGCCCCUAAUCUUUGCUGCCCCGUGUAAGGAGGGGAGGGGUGUUCAAUGACGUCAGUUGAGAGAGGAAAGUCAGGAGAGAUUGCACGGAAUCCAGUCGGGCUGACUACCAGGAACAAAGCCUGCCGACAGAAAAACUCAACUACCCAGAAUGCCUUAUCAACAAACCAGCGCCAGACUCCAGCAAUUAAUGUUAGACCAAUUUAACUUUUCUUAGGGCUAGACACCCAACUUCCGGUGAAACUGGAGGGUGCGCAAUUCAAAUAAAUAAUUAUAAAUAUGAUGGAUUUUAAACAUUUAUGUACAUAUAAGUGUCUUAUAUUGGCUGAAAGCUUAAAUUCUUGUUAAUCUAACUGCACUGUCCGAUUUACAGUAGCUAUUACAGCAAAAACAUGCCAUGCGAUUGUUUGAGGACGGCGCCCCACAUCAAAAUGUUUUUCCCACCGGCACAGGUUUCAUAUAAUCACAUAUAACGAUUAAAUAUUCACUUACUUUUUGAAAAUCUUCCGCUGAUUUGUCAUCCAAAGGGUCCCAGUUAUAACAUGUAGUGUCGUUUUGAUAGAUAAAAUCCAGUUUAGUUGGCGCCAUCGAUUUGAGUAAUCCACUCGUUCAACUUGCAGAGAAAGGAAUCCAAAAAUCUACCCCUAAACUUUGUUUCAACAAGUCACAAUACAUUUCUAUUUACUCCUCAGAUACCUUAAAAUGUAAUCAAACUAUAAUGUUUAUUUCAGAAAGAAGUAUGUUUAAUAGGAAACCGUUUUAGUAGGUGCGUAAUGUCUUUAUGGAGCUCAAACACAAAUUUCCGAGACUGUGUCCCUCUACUAAAACUGAUAUUUCUUAUUUGUUUUUGAAGUUACAAGCCUGAAACCUUGAACAUAGACUGCUGACACCCUGUGGGAGCCAUGGGAAUUGCAUACAGGUAGCUAAUUUUCAAUAUGACCUUUCUCUUGCAUUUCUAAGAGGAUGGUCUCUCUCAAAAAAAAAAUCUGGUUGGGUUUUCUUUGGAUUUUCUCCUACCAUAUCUAUUGUUAUAUUCUCCUAUAUUAUUUUAACAUUUCUACAAACUUCAAAGUGUUUUCUGUCCAAUGGUACCAAUUAUAUGCAUAUCCUGGCUUCAGGGCCUGAGCUACAGGCAGUUUACGUUGGGCACAUCAUUCAGACAGGAAGUGGAGAAAUAAGGGGCCUAGCCCUAAAGUUUUAAUUCAGUCGUUGAUACAUUUUAGAAGCUCGUUAGCCAAGUCAAGAAUGAUGUAGAAACUAGCAAGGCUGCAUCUCGAAUGACACCUUAUUCCUCAUAUAGUGCACUAUUUUUGACUAGAACUUCAUAGGCCUCUGGUCAAGAGGUAAUGUAGUGUAUGGGGGAUACUAGGAGGUGUCUUUUGAGCUGCACAACGUAUGGGGGCAGACUAUAUUUCCAGAGUUUCCACUGACUGGAUCAUAGAAAAGACGAAUGGAACUGUUUUUUGUAUUGAAAUAUGCAUCUAUUUAUUUCUUAUAUGCAUUGUACCGGAUAUGUUGUCCCAGAGUUUGAAUGUGUUUGAACCAGGAUAUUUCUGAAAAUGACGUGGGACGUCAGGUACUGUAAUAUGCUCCCAAAACCAAAAGAGAAAGAGUGGAAGAGGUCUGAACUACAAGGAUAAGCAGUGACAAUCAACCAAUCACUCUAAUGAAUCGAACCAUGUGCAUGUGUAAUUUCUUUCUCUGUAUGUCUCUCCUCAUCUGUGUCCUUUUUAUACAGAUUACAAUUUCAACUACCUAGGUUGAAUGUGGGGCUGGUGAACUAGACGACCUUGCUUUGUCACCAGACGUCCUAUUUUAGAGCGUGAAGCACCCCCCGAUGGUCGUGUUCAGUAGCACACACCAUAGUGAAAUGAUUGGCAAGGAAAAACAAAGAUCUGUGUUCUUAUCAGAGAAUCAGGUUUCAAAAAGUUUCCCACCUACUGAACAACACUUAUUAUGUAUUGUAUGGAAAAGCCAAACUCAACCAUGCCUUACAUAAUCUACAAACUGUCACAUAUCGGGCAGGUCUCAGGGUCUGUGGAGCACGUUUCGGCACUCUUUGGUGUCAAGUAGAGUUACAGUAGAUCUGUGUCACAUUUUUCAAACAAUGAACACUGCUUUAAGAUUAUUCUCCUCAGUGAAUGUAGUUUCCCCAGACCCAGAUUAUGCCUACUUCUGGAUUAGAAAGGCACACUUAAUGGAGAAUAUACCUCAGAAGUGCUUUUUAGUUCAGGAGUAGACUCAAUCUGGGUCCAAGAAACCGGACGGUAAUGCUUAGAGCCUCUAGUUUUUCCUGACCAUGUUAUAUCCUGAAACUCAACCACUAGCCCCUACCCCCGUUGGCACUUGUGUAGAUCUGAGAGGAUUAGAUAGGAAAAUAAGCAGCAUGGUGGUAGCUCAGUUUUUCCCUCUGACGGGCCAGGUGGAAUUGUCGCAAAUUACUCUUACCUAUCCUCUUAGGUCUGCACAAGUGAAUAAGAGGUACAGGGUUUAUUUGGGAUUCAGGGAAUAUCUAGGGUAUAAUAAGUAGGCCCAGUGUACUUCCUGGUUAAGUACCUGGGUCAGGAGAAACUCUUCGGCUCCCGGGUGGCGCAGUGGUCUAGGGCACUGCAUCGCAGUGCUAGCUGCGCCACCAGAGUCUCUGGGUUCGCGCCCAGGCUGGGCUGGGUUCGCGCCCAGGCUCUGUCGCAGCCGGCCGCAACCGGGAGGUCCGUGGGGCGACGCACAAUUGGCAUAGCGUCGUCCGGGUUAGGGAGGGUUUGGCCGGUAGGGAUAUCCUUGUCUCAGUAUGUAAAAAUGUAUGCACUCUACUGUAAGUCGCUCUGGAUAAGAGCGUCUGCUAAAUGACUAAAAUGUAGUCAUGUUCUCUCCCGCUCAGUCUUGUGUGGAUGUCAGAGGUGUGUUUUAUGUUCUCAUUAUUAUGGUCUGUAUGGUCAUAUCAUUUCCCUCCUCACAACCUUUGGGGUUGUCCCUUUUUUCUUUGCUUGUCCUGAAUCGUGAACCCCUGGGAAGUGGUCUCUAACGUUCCAGUACUUAUUGAUAAUUUAUACGUUAGAAAUAAUACUGAAUGUUAUACCUCUCUUUUCCAUGUACAUAACCCCAACGCCCUGGGCUGUAAUAUGGCUGUCUUGUACAGUGAAAUACCACCAUCCUGUAAUAAAAAUUGUCUGUGUGA